CCCACCCCCCCUACCGCAUCCCCCCCUACAUGGAGCACCUCUACCAGUCCCUCCACACCUCCCCCCAGGCCUCACCUGGGCCUCUCUCCACUAGAAGGUCGUGGUUUAUCAGUGGGCGGCGACUACCUCGGGAUGAGUGGGUUGGCGGCUACUAGGUUGAGUGAGCCUCAUCUCUUAGCCUCAUCUACCUUGACUUCUACCGAUCUACCUUCCUUCCUUGACGGUUCCCGGUUACCGUCGCCGCGGCCCAGUCUACGCCAGAGCCGCAAGCGGGCGUUGAGUUCCUCCCCCUACAGCGACUCCUUCGAUAUCAACUCAAUGAUCCGCUUCAGCCCCAACUCUCUCGUCUCCAUCAUGAACGGCUCCAGGUCCUCCUCCGCCAGUGGCUCCUACGGACACCUUUCCGCAGGAGCCAUCUCGCCGGCGCUGGGGAUGCACCCUGGGGUCGGGGCGGCGACUCACCUGCAGCAGCUACAGGCACACCUAAUGAGAGGGGCGUCGUUACCUGGGUCGCCGUUCCUGGCUCCGAGUCCUCUCCUUCAACACAGUCCUUCCCUCACCACACAUCACAGUCUCUUCUCCCUCUCCUCACAGCCAACUUUACCCACGUUACCGCCCAAGAUUGAGGCGGAGAAGAAGGCCUCGCCGACGAUAUCCAGCACGAUGGAGGAGGACAAGAACUCCUCCAAGGUGAAGAAGGAAGCGUCGAGUACCACCUCCGGGGCGUGUGGGGCUGUGAGUGCCUCGGCCAGGGACGACGACGGACUCAAGGAAGAGCCUCCGGAUUUCAUCGAGACUCACUGCCACUGGAGGGAGUGUAACAAGGACUUUAACACCCAGGACGACCUCGUUAAGCAUCUCAACAACGACCACAUCCACGCCAACAAGAAAUCGUUUGUGUGUCGCUGGAAGGAUUGUUCCAGGGAGGAGAAGCCGUUCAAGGCGCAGUACAUGUUGGUGGUCCAUAUGAGGCGGCACACGGGAGAGAAGCCCCAUAAGUGUACAUUCGAAGGCUGCUACAAGGCAUACUCAAGGCUGGAGAACCUGAAGACUCACUUACGGUCCCACACAGGAGAAAAACCCUACAUGUGUGAGUUCCCCGGGUGUACGAAGGCCUUCUCUAACGCCUCCGACAGAGCCAAGCACCAGAACCGAACACACUCCAACGAGAAACCUUACGUGUGUAAGGCGCCAGGGUGCACCAAGCGCUACACUGAUCCUUCCUCACUACGGAAGCACGUGAAGACUGUCCACGGGGCAGACUUCUACGCCUCCAAGAAGCACAAAGGAAAUGAUCACCCGAGUGCUAAUUCUGGAGGCGGCGCUGGAGGCAAGGACGGAGGAGCCACCCAUCCUGAAGGCUCUCCACACUCUGAUGGUGGCAAGGGUGGCUCUCUCUCUAGCCCCUCUGUCAAGUCUGAGGACCCGACCUCCCCCGGGCAGGAACACAGCCCUAACAUGGACACCGUGGUGGGCGGUGCAACACCCAUGGACCAGAGUCGGCUGCUGGAGGGCCCCAUCAGUGACAACAACAUCACUACCACUGGAGGCUAUGAGAACAUACUUGAACGAGAGGAAGUUUGGGAUGCUGUUGAGGACGACUUGGAUGCCAGCGUGGACCUACCAGUUGGGGUUGCGGCUCUCAAUGGUUUAGAAGGUUCGGUUAGUGGUCAGAUCAAUCUACAGGAACGAAACUUAAGAAACAGAUUAAAGAACCGCCUACAAGCUAAGGGUUUAGCCAAUAUCUUGCCCAAUAUCCCAGGUGGUCCACGGCGCAGCACCAGUAGUGGCGUAGGAGAGCUGUCACAGCGUAUUACAGAUCUCAAAAUGAACGGCGGGAUGACCACUCCUCAACAAGCCCGCAAGAACCUCCUCGACCUUCACUUCCGGCCAGGACAGACGAUGCUACAAAACAACAGACGGGACUCAAACUCCACCGUCAGCACCUACUACGGCAGUAUGAGAAGUGAUUCCUCGUUACAUCACAACAGCCGGAGAUCCAGUGAAGUGUCUCAGGUGUCGGCAGCAUCUAUGGGUCGUCAGAACAUGGUGCCAUCACCCUAUGACCCUAUCUCUUUAGGUUCCUCACGUCGCUCCUCAGAGAACUCUAACUUCAACAUGGCAGGGAUUGCACAGUCUAUGAGUUCACAUCUAGCCAAGUUACAGAGGCGUGCCAUGGCCACCAGUGAACUGUACAACACCUCAAACCUCGUCGUCCAGACACAGAACAUGUCAUUGAGCCAGGACAACCUACAGCAGGGUGGCUGGCCAAACAACAAUGCCAACAUGGGUGGCAUGAGCGCCUCAAUGGGUGGCAACAACUUUGGCUCCAUGGGUCCCCUUGGCCCUGUGGACCCUCAGAACCGCUGUGAGGGACCCAGGAGAGCAUCAGAUCCAGUGAGACCAUUAGACCGAGGAAUGGAGGACGGAAGCCGGAGAUUACACAGACACCACAGCUACACGUCUUUCAACCCUCGCACACCUCUGCCACCAAUCACCCCGCGUCAUCCAAACCAUGGCCUCCAGCUGGACCAGGUGGCUGAAGACGAACCUAUUGAGAACAAGCUGGUGCUCCCUGAUGACAUGGUCAACUACCUCAACCUGAAGGGCAAUGGUGACAAACUCAAGUCUGAUCCCAAAGAAAACCGUCGCCAAGGCAGUACUCCCAACACUCUGUCCAACCAGCAGAUGCCUUCCCCAGCCUACAGUGGUCAGCCCAUUCCUAGCCCAGCAUAUUCCAACCAGCCAAUGAUCAGCCCAGCGUACUCUAACCAGCCCAUGCAGUCCCCCGCCAGUAACUAUCAAUACCCCCAGGCAUCACCCGGGUACUCUGUGCCAUCACCCGCACAUCCCCAUGGCUACAACAAUCCUCCUAUGCAGUCACCCGCACCCCAACAACAGUUCAAUGCCACCAUGGCCCCGAACCCAGCGGGCCCGGCUUUCAACCAAAUGUCUCAGGCAUACCAGCAACAGCAGCCUAUGCCCCAGAAUUACCCCAUGCAGCAGCACCAGCAGGGACAGCAGUACUCACAACCACAUUACCAAGGACAGCAGAUGAUGGGGCAGCACAUGUAUGGCACCAUGAUGCAGCAACAACAGGGGAGGUAUGGAGGUAUGGGAGGCCAACAAGGGGGUGGAGGCUAUGGCAUGGGUCAAGGAAGUUAUGGUCCUGUACAUGCCUGUGGCCACUUAGCUCCACCAAACCUCCCUACACCAGCCUACCAAGCUCCCUGUGCAGGCUGCCAGAACCGCGGUGGCAGUGCUAUGGCUGGUGACAUGGCCGCCUACCAGGGCCAACAGGGGUCUAUGUCAAACUGGCAGGGGUCACAAAUGAACAUGAACCAAUACCAGGGACAACAACAAUACGGUCCACAGCAACAACAGCAGAUGAACAUGAUGGCUGCUCAGGGGCCUAUGGGGUACAUGGGCAUGGGUGGCCAGUAUCAGAACUCCAUGAUGCCCACAGGAGGAAUGAUGCCCAUGUCAUAUCCGGGGUCAAUGGGAGGAGACGUACAGUGCCGGGACGUCAGCCAGAGCUCACAGACUAAAGGUGGAAAGUCGAAAACAGGUACCAAAAACAGUCAGGGAACUUCAUCCCCUGCUGCUGCUGCCGCCGCUGCUGCUGCCGCCGCUGCUGCCGUUGCUUCUGCUGCUGUCUGUGGUACUGCUAGUGGUACCUCAAGUGCAGCAGUGGUCAGUAACAACACUCAGCAGCCUCCAGCUACAGCAGUCAGUGAUAUAGCAGCAACUGUGCCCUGCAUUCCUGUGGAGUCCAAACCAUCAGACAGUAAAUCAGUGGACACCAAGUGUGUGGACACGAAAGCUAACAGCAAAAACUUCAUGAAACCAGACACAUACCAGCGAACAUUAGAGUAUGUGCAGCAGUGCCAGAGCUGGAGUUCUACUGUAGUUAAGGAGGAGGUCAGCAGUACCACUGACCAGAAACCGAAACUCAACCCCAAUGGCACAGUGGCAGGGUACACGGAGCCCACAUCACAGAGUGCCGGUGGCAGCAGUGGCGUCAUCCCACAGCCCACACAGCAGCCAGCACAGCAGCCCAGCAUGCAAGGAGCAUCUAGAUUUGCCACACCUCUUCCUGUCGCUCUUGCCGAGACCUCCAACAUGGUGAUCAAUGACAUGACGUCCUCCCUCACAUCACUGCAGGAGGAGAAUAAGUACCUUCAGAUGAUUCAAUGACAACUUCAUUGGGUUAAUCGUGUUCCCUCAACCCUCCUGGUGUAGUCAUUGGCCAGCCCCUCUAGAGGCAAAAAGUGUUUAUGUCGCAGCAGGUACACAACGUCAAAUGAUUCCAGUUGCCAUAAUACCAUGCGACUCUGUCUUAACCCCUGAUAGGUGAUGGUGACUAAGUCCCACAAUGGCAUGGCUGUCAUACCAGGUGAUUGAGCCUGCCCAUACUACAUAACCUCCUCCUUUAGUAGCAGGCGAUGAGCUGUCCCGAUACCUUUGACUGGGUGUUUAGAUAGCCACAUAUGUGGAGGAAGUAGUCUGCCUCAGCUGUGUAUGUGGAGGGAAGUAUUACUGACCUAGCCACAUGUCCUUGGCGGGUAUUCUGCCUCAGCCAUGUGUCAGGAGGGUGAUGUCAUGCAUCUCCACCCGCACCUCGUGUCAUGCCGCCAAAAUGACUUUAACUCGGCCUCGGAUGAUUUCUUGAUACUGAUGACUGUGAUGAAUUUAGAAUGUAAAUAUUGACUUCACAAUUAAUUAAUAUAUUUGUACAGGCGUGGUGUACUGAAGUACUCAGAAGUGAUUGAACUCCCAGUGGUUCUGCUCCAGAGGACUUAAAGUAUUGUCUCAGAACUUAAUAUCAACUACUAGACUUGCAAUGGGUUUUGCAGUAGCCUUGUAACAGAUCAAUAAAGUGUCAUCCUUCAACAAGUAAUGAGCGUGGAGAUGGUAGGCCUUUAAGUACUACUAUUUCAACAAUCACUCUUACACAGUUAACUACAGGAAGCCCACGGCUGUGUAGUAAACUAAAAAAAAGUACUUCAUCUUGUGACCAACAAAGUUUUAAGUGAAGUGUACAAGUGCAAAUCGGAAUGUGGAAGUGUAAUAAUAUUAAAAACGUUGAUAGACUCCGGAGGUGAGCUUUACGUUCUGUGAGUUACAUUCUUUGUGAUCAAUAAAGACGAUGAACGAUGUGAUUUAAGAAAUGGUGAUAUACAGUGAUGAGAGAGAGGAGAGGAGACUUGGUGUUAACAAAGUGCGACAAACGUCUAUAAAGAUAAUAAGCCAAUGUUGUGAUCCCCCAUACCUCAAUACAUCUGUCUGACCAAAGGGACAAAAAAUAUUAACGGUGAUCACGUUUAAAAAACCUGACACCUCAAAGCCAGACAGUUUAUCCCCUCAAGGCAGUAGAUAAGUGCCAAGUGCCAUUAUACGAGCCAAUACAGUGCCAAAACAAAAUUGAAAACCCGUCCUGUAAGGUGCCAUAGUACGAUGGUCAUAUUCAGGGGUUGUUUUGUAACCAACGUGUAUAAUAAUGUGCAUAGUGACUAAUUAUUUAAGUUUUUGUAAUAACUGUGGUGUCUUCAUCAUGUCUUUCCAAUUUUUCGAUGAUUGUACUUACAAUACUUUUUUUACAUAAUGCGUAACUUCUUUGAAAUAAAGACUUUUUUCA